AUGAUCAGUAGAAUGGAAAUAUUACCUAAUGAAAUUCUUCUUCAUAUAUUUUCUUAUCUUGAAUGGUUCGAUAUGUUAACAUCUUUCUGGUCAUUAAAUAUUCGCUUCAAUUCUCUUGUAUGUUCAAUUCUUUCGAUAAAUGACAAUAGAUUGAACAGUGGUCUGCUUAUUACGCAUGGUUUAUCUUAUAAUAAAUUUUGUUCAAUAUUAUUUCCAUUGAUUUUAAAUUCAUCAUCUCUUUCUUCUUCUAUUCAACGUAUUCAUUUUGAUGGAUCAAAUUCAAUUGCUUCUGAUCUUUGUUAUGAAUGGUUAUUUAAUGAUAAAAAAUUACUUCAUUUUCCAAAUCUUAAAUCACUUGUUCUUGGUCAAUGUGGAUCAAUUAAACCAAUAGUUCAAAGUUUAUCUUAUCUUGUUCAACAUCAAUUAGAUGAACUUACAUUAACAUUUCAUAAGCAUGUAUUCACACAGUUUUAUUAUAAACAAAACCAUUUGUCACUGGUUUCUGAUAAAGGUAACCAACCAUUUAUUUGA